GAGUUCCUUUCUCCAACCCAGUCAAUCUCCAUUCGAACAAUCCCUUCUUCGGAUGAUUGCUUGAAAAGAAUCGAUUGCUCGAUUUUCUCGAUGCGACAAAUGCGUUAUUAGAAGUAAUAAUGGGUAUGUCGGAGGAUUUAACAUGUGCUGGAAGUGCAGGACUCGAAGAUGCUCAGUGGCUCUCAUCACUCUCUGAGCCUGAGCUCGAUCUGUUGGUAUGCUUGAAAGAACUGGUAAUCAAACGUGCAAAACAUGCAGGAAUCAAGGACCUAGGUGAAAGAUUUGAUUUGAGGAUGCUUCGGGUUCUUGGGAGUAUCUUAGUCGAAUAUCUUAAAGAGCGCACACAAAGUAUGUCGGAGUUGCCAAAUAUUUUGACACUGUUAAGUCAUUGUGGCUUGGCUAAUCUGGACAAUAAGAAAAUUGGCUCUGUGGCGUGUUCUGAAGAUAACAAUCUUGCUUGUGCAACUCCAAGACGGAAACGAAUGUGGGAAGGGUUAUCUGACAAUCAACCUUCUAGUAGCAAGAAAAGAAAAACAGCCCUUUGACAUGUCAUGUUACCAUUUUGGGCAAACGGAAGAAACCCUGGCCAGUCUUUUUCUUCAUGAGGUCAUUUGUUUUCAAUCCAACAGCAAGCUGACAAACAGGGAAUGAUUCAAGAUUUACAUUGGUUUUAUAUCACACUUUUUGAGCAUUUUGGUAUAUAGUAUUUCUGACAAAUUUUUUUGUGUCUAAAUUCUAUAAAUUUUGUAGCAUAAGUUGGUAGGUGUUUUAGAAUUGAAUGCUUCAUUGAAUGAAAGUAUAUGUCUUGGUGUGCCAUUGGAUCUGGACAUCUCUACAGUAUCAGAAGGCUAAAAUAGUGAAUAAUUUGGGUUUUUUCUGGAUCUAUCAUCACUUUCUUGGCAGAUGGUCAAUCAUUUUUUAUGCAUUAAUUGUGCAUUGCUGAAGAAUAUUAUUUUUGGUUUGGAGGAAUCAAUGAGAAGCAUGUUGAUGUUA